UCCGCUCCGCCCGCCUCCCUCGCCGCCGGGUCGCCCCCACCAGCUGAGCUCAUUCAUAACCCCCCACCCCUCUCUCCGCCAACUCCUCCCCUCCCACGCCAGCCAGCCUCACGCAUUGCCCGCCGCGGCCGCGCAGCAGAUCGGGAGGGCUCCCCACUCCUCCCCCCAAUGGUGAGCGCGUCCAGCCUGCUGCUCCCCUCCUCCGUGCGGGACCUCGCCUCCUGCGUCUCCGACGGCGCCGUCCGCGUCGCCUGCACCACCCCGGCCUCCACGCUCGUCACAGCCUCCUCCGCCGCGGCUUCCUCCUCCCCGGCCACCCUCUCCGUCGCCGUCUCCUACCACGCCACCCCGCUCUCCCCGUUCUCGCCGCCGCUCCUCCUCCGCCUCACCUGGUCCCACUCCCCGGUCGGGCCCCCGACACUCUCCUUCGCCGGACCCACCGCCUCCUCCCCCGCCGUCCUCCUCCGCCGCCGCAAAGGCACCCGCUCCCUGCCCUCCGACGACCAGCAGCACCCCCCGCUCGCGCUCUUCUGGGACCUCGCCGCCGCAAAGUAUGGCGCUUCGUCCCCCGAGCCGCUCUCCGGGUUCUACUUCGUCGCCGUCGCCAACGCCGAGGUCGUCCUCGCCGUCGGCGACCUGGCGGCCGAGUUCGUCAAGACCAAGUUCGAGGGCCAGAUCCCCAAGGCGCGCUUCCUCCCCGUCGCGCGCGCGGACCGCGUCGUGGCGGCGCCCAACGCGAUGCACACCGCGCGGGUCCGCUUCGCGGACGGCGCGCCGGAGCACGAGGUCAGCGUCGGCUGCGCCACCACCUCCGGAGGCGGCGAGGAGCUCUGGGUCAGCGUCGACGGGAAGCGCGCCGUGCACGCGCGCCGCCUGCGCUGGAACUUCCGGGGCAACCAGACGGUCUUCGUCGACGGCGCGCCCGUCGACGUCCUGUGGGACCUGCACGGCUGGUGGUUCCGGGACCCGCCCGGGUGCGCCGUCGUGAUGCUGCGCGCGAGGAGCGCGCUCGAGAGCAGGCUCUGGCUCGAGGAGGAGGCCGCCGCGUCCGGCUUCGCGCUCGUCGUGCAGGCGCUGAAGGCCCCGCAUUGAUGCUCACUGCUGCUUCAGCUCUUCAAGAGGUCAAUGCUGAUGCUCACUGCUUUGCUUCCCAUGGUUGCUGUUUGUCCAUUGACUUGGAAAUUUGGUGGAAUCUAUACCAAAUCCAACCAAACCAAGAUGGGAAUGGUUUUGCUUACAGUUUAGGCUUAUAGAUUUUAGUGUGCCAAAUGAAUGGGUUUGGGAAGACACCAUGAAAAUGCAGUAUACAGAGGAGACGAGAGACAGAGAGACUGCUGUGUGUGGGAUCAUCUUCUUUGUUCCCUUGCUUUUCCUCUUUUCCAGUUAAUUUUAGCUGUGUGCGUACAGUUAUCAAAGGAUUAUACAACAACAUAUUAGAGUGUGUUUGAUUCUGCAUCUCUGCUGUUUGCAGCGUCAGGUGGUGUACAAAAGCUUGCAAAUUUCUGCUUGUUGUACGCUUUGCAUCAAUGUUUACCUCCGUUUGCUUCA